AUGGAGCUCUCUGCCUUUGCCAAGGUCCCAUUGUCCUGGGACCUUUGGCAUGCACGCCUUGGCCAUCCUGGAGGAAGUGCUGUCAAACGCUUGUCACAUUUUUUGAUUGGGACCAAAGUCGAUACCUCACGUCCACUUCGAACCUGCAAGCCAUGUGAUACCUCACGUCCACUUCGAACCUGCAAGCCAUGUAUCAUCGCCAAACACCCACACAAGCCAUACCAUGCAUCCUCGAUGCCACGCGCCUCCAAUAUCCUCGACCUUGUACAUUCAGACCUUUGCGGUCCCUUCCCUGUCAUAACUCCUCACGGCAAACACCACUUUGUGAUCUUUCUCGAUGAC